AUAAAAGAUUCAAUAUUGAGCUCAUUGGAUUCAAGAUUAUACAUCUUUAUUAUUUACUACCAAUACUACCUCACUUCUACUACUUCCGAUAUCGAAAACUAUAUAAAAUAGAAAAAACACGAGAGGUAUAUUUAAUUGUUUUCACAAUAUUACAGUAGAAGCAGUUUCUCCUGGAUUAUCUUCUUCAUUAUACAGCAUGUUCAAAUACAUCAUUAUUUAUUUUGUGUGCCUCGAUAUAUUUACAGGUUCAUUUGCCAGUAUUUCCACAGAAAAACUCAAUACCUCCUGGUCCUUCAACAAAGGAAUCAGAAAUUUUGAAAAUGUUACGAUGCUGACAUUGAAUAAAAAUGCAACGAGCAACGCUAAGGGAUUAAUUUUAUUCGAUAUGGUGUGCAUGCCUAAAGUUGAUCUGCCGAAUCCUAUUGAAUUGCAAAAAUCACAAAAGCCAGCGAUUCCUUUGGUAGAUCUGGGAGGUAAUUCCUAUUACUUUGGAAUUUACUUCAAGGCUAAUAUAUUUAAAGCCAUGCAGUUCUGUAGGCAUCAUGGAAUGGAUCUCUUAAGUAUUGAAUCUAGAGAAGAAAAUACUGAAAUUAUGAACUACAUCAUUUCAUACUUUAACCAUAUCGAACAUUUUUGGACAUCUGGAAGUGACUUAGGUGAAGAGGGUCAAUUCGUAUGGCUGUCUACUGGAAAACCUUUCAAUUACACCUAUUGGGCUUCUCCCCAACCAGAUAACGAUAGGAAUAUGGAAAAUUGCUUGGGAUUCUGGAAAAUCGGGGAUAAGACUUAUAUAUGGAAUGAUAUGCCCUGUACGGAUAAUUUCCACUUCAUUUGUGAAAAGAAAGAUUGUAGUGGAUUUUGUAAAAAUUGAAUUGAUGAGUUCUUGGAAAACAUAAACCUGAGCGAAUUACUCAGAAUUUUUCCAAUCAAUAUUUCAAGCAUUAUUACAGUGGCUUCGCCAUGGAAAUGAAGCUCAGGUUGAGAAACACAUUUUAUUACAACGAUAGGAAUACAGUAUCAGUAGUUAUUUCAUCAGUAUAAUCUUCUACGACAGUGGCAAUUUUUGGGUAGGAAACAAAAUUUGAGAGCAGAUUGUCAGACUUUUUGUAUACAUAUCUAAUUUUUCUAUUAGGUUAUUUUGUUGGUGUCAAAUAUAACAUUCAAGUUGGUUCACAUAAUUGAAUGAAUAUUCAAAAGUACAAUUAUAUAAGUUUUCCUCAAUCGUCAAUAUCACUCUUCUCAAAGUUUCAUAAUGAAUCAUUUAAACGCAUUUCUCUGCCAUCUCACCCGACCGAUGAGUGUAAAAAAUAGUCAGUCGAAUAAUUUUUCUUCUAUAACAUAGACUUAUACAAUUUGUCGAACGUUAGUAACAUAGAAAAAUAUUUAUAUCCUAUAUUACAAAAUUAUCUGCCUUAUCAAUAGAGUUAUGUUUGAAGGCACCUUUACGUAAUUAAACACAAAAAACUUUUUCAGCUGUCAGGAUCUAUUAUCCACCAAUGGCAAUGAAAAUUUCAUGAGAUGCUAAAUAUGUUUUGAAUAUUUGGCCACGUGGACUGCACUAAACUAUUGGCUGGGUAGCCGUACACUAAAACACUUAUUUCAUAAAUUACAUUCAGUUAGUAUUAUAUGAAGUAUAAGUACUCACUAAUCAAUUACAAUAUAGACAAGACAUCACAAAAAGAGGAAUGUGAAAGUAGAAUUGAAAUAUAAGGAAUAAUAUCAAAAUAAAAAAGAUUCGACUUAUCGUAAAA